UCGCGAGAGCAGAGUGCCGCGGCCGCAGCACUGGAUGGAAGGUUGGAUUGAACGCCUCUCCUCUUCUCCCUCUCCUCUCCCUCGUUCUUUUUUAACCGGGACAGCACGAGACUGGAACGGGACACGAACGGCACCCGAGGCAGCGUGAGAGAAAAGAAGAGCCAGGGGACACUGAGGAAUAAGAAGACUCUGGACACAGAAUAUCAGCAGAACAGGUCAAGACUGUGGAAGUAAAGGACUGUGGACACCUGCCAGUCAAGACUUAAAGAGACCUGAAAGAGACCGCAGCUCUCUCUCCCCCUCUUUUGACCUCUUCUCUUCAUUUCUCUCUCCAUCCCGCUCCCUCUCUAAUGGGAGUAACUUAGAACACGUUGUUCCAUCGCACACCCCCCUCCCUGUGUUUCUGUGGUGAUGGAAGCGCCCAGCAGGAAGUGAUGUCGUGGAAGAGGAACUACUUUGCGUCCGGCGGUGGCAGCGGAAGUCCCGGUGGAGGGCUGCAGGGCCUGAUCACGACCCCGCGGACUAUGGCCUCCUUCGCCCCGAGUAAAGGCCUGAGCAAUGAACCUGGACAGAACAGCUGCUUUUUGAACAGUGCCCUGCAGGUCCUGUGGCAUCUGGAUAUCUUCCGUAGAAGUUUCCGCCAGCUGACCACUCACAAGUGUAUGGAAGACUCCUGCAUCUUCUGUGCCCUCAAGAGUAUCUUUGCCCAGUUCCAGUUCAGCAGUGAGCGUGUGUUACCGUCGGACGUGUUGCGGAGUGCGCUGGCCAAGACCUUCCAGGACGAACAGCGUUUCCAGCUGGGGAUCAUGGACGACGCAGCAGAAUGCUUCGAGAACCUACUGAUGCGUAUCCAUUUCCACAUCAGCGCCGAGACCAGAGAGGACAUCUGUACGGCUAAACACUGUAUACCACACCAGAAGUUUGCCAUGACGCUGUUCGAACAGUGUGUGUGUAAUAGUUGUGGAGCCACGUCGGACCCCCUCCCCUUCAUUCAGAUGGUUCACUAUAUCUCUACCACGUCCCUCUGUAACCAGGCAGUGAGGAUGUUAGAGUGUAGAGAGAAGCCCACCCCCGACAUGUUUGGAGAGCUGCUCCGCAACGCCAGCAACAUGGGAGACCUGCGCAACUGCCCAAGUAACUGUGGGGAGGUGCUGCGUAUCCGCCGUGUGUUGAUGAACUCUCCAGAGAUAGUGUCCAUCGGCCUGGUCUGGGACUCAGACCACUCUGACCUGGCUGAGGACGUCAUUCACAGCCUGGGCACCUGUCUACGCCUGGGGGAUUUGUUCUACCGUGUGACAGAGGAGCGGGCUCGUCAGGCUGAGCUGUACCUGGUUGGUAUGGUGUGUUAUUAUGGUAAACACUACUCCACAUUCUUCUUCCAGACGAAGAUACGCAAGUGGAUGUACUUCGACGACGCUCAUGUCAAAGAGAUCGGUCCUAAGUGGAAGGACGUGGUGGCGCGGUGUAUAAAGGGUCACUACCAGCCUCUACUGCUGCUCUAUGCUGACCCCCGGGGGACGCCGGUGGUAUCGCAGGACAACCCCUCCUUCUCUCACCCCCAGCUGGACCUGCUGCACUGCAGCAAGGCUGGCUAUGACAGCGAGGACUCUGGGCGGGAGCCCUCCAUAUCCAGUGAUACCCGUACAGAUUCUUCAGAUAGCUCCAGCCACCGAGCAUCUCGAAAUCGCCCUCUCCACCAGUCGACAGGCAGCCACCUGUCCAACGAAUCGCAGACCACAGUGGUCGGUAAACAUGACAGCGGCACGCCCCUACACAGCGCAGACGCAGCAGACUCAGUAACAGAGGCUCCCCCCCGGCCCCCGGCCCCCCGGCCCCCUCCCCUACCCUGCAGCAGGGGGACUAUAAAGAGACAGCUGUGUUCCUCCUCUCCUCUCGUCGUCCCAUGUCGUCAUGCUCUUCCUCCCACCCUUUCUCCUCCUCCUCCUCUUCCUCCCAUCCCCUCCUCUACCUGUUCCUAUCCCGUCUCCUCCUCCUCUUCCUCCCGUCCCAUGUCCUCUUCCUCUUCCUCAGGUAUAGGGGGGUCUGUGCUGGGUUCUGAGGCAGGGGCCGUGGGGCCUCACUGGGAGGAUGAGAGCACUAGCAGCGAGUCCAAGUCUAGUUCUUCUGGUGGUCGAUGUUACCGGCCAGCCUGGAGGCCACGGAGGGAGGCCCUGAACAUCGACAGCAUCUUCACCCGCCAGAGAGGCUCUCCGCUGGGCUACAGCACCCUGCCCGGGCCUCGUCUACCUCCAAAGCUCCAUCAACACUGUCCAACUAACACGCCUAAUCUGCAGGGGGCAGGAGAGGUGGCCUGGGGUGUAGCGAGCUUGGGGGGACACACUGGGGGUGUGGCCGGUGUGGCAGGGAUGCCUGGGUUGCUAGGCAAUGGUACGGGCUGCCUCCCUCCUCCUCCCCCGUUAAGAGGGGUGGAGCUUCAGCCCUGUCUGAUCCAGAGGAUGGAGAGUGGUUACGAGAGCAGCGAGAGGAACAGCAGCAGCCCUGACAGGGAGGUAGGUCAGAAGCGUGUGUUGAUGUCUGGUCCGUCGUGGCGCUCGGUGCCCAAGUCCAAGAGCACCAGUGCCAUCCUGCAGGAGCUGCCAGCACCUAGCUGGGGUAGCAACAGCAACCUGGGCGCUGGCCGUAGCGAGCUGGAUGAGCUUCAGGAGGAGGUAGUGAGGAGAGCGAGGCAGCAGGAGCAGCAGAGGAGGAAAGAGGCGGAGAGAGAAGCUGCCGUGGGAUUCAACCCCAGACCUUCCAAAUACAUGGACUUAGACCAGCUGCAACACCAGGCUGUGCUCAGCCCCUUGCAUGAGGCUAAUGCUCAUAGUGGAUUGGCUGUAGCUGCGUGCAUGAGGAGCACUUGGGAACCAAUCACACAGGAUCAGGAUAUGGAGCAGGAGACAAGAAGCGCCCGUCCACAGGGGCAUCGCAGUGAACAGCCUGGCCCGCUCCAAGUACUGCUGACGCCCAAUCAGGAGGGGGAAGAGGUCCGGCCAGCCUACCAGGAUGCAGCCCUGGGCCCUGGCCAGCCCCCUCUCUCCUACAGACCCUCCCCCAACCUCACCCCUCUCCACUCAUCCCUCCAACCCCCUCCCACCAACAACCCCGCAGCACAGGUUGAGGAGGGGAGAGACAGCGUUUUUAGCGGGGGAGAGGAGAGAGAACGGGUCAGGAGGGAGGAGGAUGUGGGGAUGAGUGAGAUGGGGGGACAGGGACUGAGGAAAGUUGAGGAGGGGGAGCGGUUGAGGAGGGGUGAGGAAAGACAGGGGGUGAGGCUGGAGGAGUUGUUACAGGUUGGGGGUGUGUGUGUGAGACCUCUAGGCAGACACCUGGCCAUCUCUCUUCCCUCUUUACCUCUCAGACUCUGGGAUAUAUCAGACACACACACUACCCCCUCACACACACAUUCACCCUCUGACCCCCAACACACACCACCCCCACCCCCACAUUCAAACACUGACUCCCCACACAUGUAUACAGACCCUGAGCCCCCACACAAACAGUCUGACCCUCCGCCCACCCCCCCUGCAGUCAGCCCCACCCCUCCCCGCCCACCGCCUCUUCUGAUUGGCCCAAUCAAGUUUCCACCUUCAACACCAACACAAGUCAUUGGUCCUCCUGGAGCUUGGACCGCCCAGAUGCCGUGGUUACGCCAUAUGACACACCUCCAGAUCGCUGCCUCCCCAUUAAGGCACACCUCUCCCACAGAAAAUACAACUCCCAGCCUGCCCCUACACAGCAUGAACCCUGUGACCCUGAGGAGGCAGAGUUAUCAGAGCUGGACUUCCUGUACCGGGCCAGUCUCCAGGCAGGAAGUAGAGGUGGCAGCCCGGCCGGGAGGCUGCAGUGUAGGGUAAGAGGGCCAGCCCGCUCCUUCACUCCCAACACCAGCAUGGAGGGGAGUGUGUACCAGACUGACAGCAGCAGUACAAUGGUCCGCAGUCUGAGCGGCACAGUCAUCAACCCGCGUCGCCACCGUCUCACCGCAGCACGCAGCUUUGAGAUGCCCAAUGGCACGGGGAGUUUCUGGUGUCUGACGGGGGUGAAGCUGACUUCAGACCACUUAAGACAGUGGUCUUCAGACCACUGACGUGCCUCCAUAUGCAUCUACGCUACAGGCACCUCCCAGGGCAGCUUGCUGGGGUCCUUACCCUCCACACCGCUACAGGAAACUCGUAGGGCAGCUCUCCGGGGUCCUAACACGCCACACCGCUAUAAGCACAUCCCACAUUGGACCUCUAGGGUCCUAACCCUCCACAGUUCUACCGGCACCUCCCAGGGCAGCUCUAUGGGGUCCUUACCCUCCACACCACUACGGGGACCUCCCAGGGCAGCCUUCUAGGGUCCUAACCCUCCACAGUUCUACAGGCACCCCCCAGGGCAGCUCUAUGGGGUCCUUACCCUCCACACCGCUACGGGGACCUCCCAGGGCAGCCUUCUAGGGUCCUAACCCUCCACAGUUCUACAGGCACCCCCCAGGGCAGCUCUAUGGGGUCCUUACCCUCCACACCGCUACGGGGACCUCCCAGGGCAGCCUUCUAGGGUCCUAACCCUCCACAGUUCUACAGGCACCUCCCAGGGCAGCUCUAUGGGGUCCUUACCCUCCACACAGCUACAGGGACCUCCCAGGGCAGCUCUUUGGAGUCCUAAUAGUCCACACCACUAAAGGCACCUCCCAGGACAGCUAUUUGCAGGUUCUCACCCUCGACACCGCUAAAGGCAUCUCCCAGGGCAGACAUCCGGGGUCCUAACUCGCCACACUGCUACAGGCAUCUUCCAAAGCAGCCCUGCACCUCACCCAUCGCCACGAUAGGGGGUUGGUCUAGGACCCCCCCCAACCCCAAACACACACCUCUCCCCACGUCCGUCCCUCAGUGGUCUACUAACCUCCCUCUACCCCCAUCUCGCACCCUCCGCCCUUCUUCAACUAUUCAGUCUAUGCAGUCAUUCUUAGUCCCCCUCAGCAGGAAUUACUCUGAAACCCAAAACAACAAACUCACCUAAUUACACUUCUAGCUAGCUAGCUUGCGACCUGCUAGCCUGUUAGCCUCCUAAUAUAGUCCGACUCUGAACAUUAUCCUGCUAGCCUUCCCCUCUUUGGGUCUAUAAAGGAGGGAGUAGAUUAGCUAGCCUGGUUUAGCCUAUGAUCUCCCUGCUUUAUCUGCCCCAAUCAGAGGGGCUCUGGAACCUUUAGGUGACUGAAAUAUCCACAGGGGGAGGGGGUUACCGAUAAGCCACGGCUUCUUCCUUUUUCUUUAUGGGCAUUUCCUGUCUGAUGACAGCACAGCACACCUGGAUAUGUUGUUUCCAAGGGAACCCCAGGACUAGUGCGUACGUGCCUACAUAGCUACGUAUAGACUGAACUCUAAUAAUAACUAAAGUCAUGUACAGAAAAACGAUAUAUGAAACCUGUAUGUUAUUAAGACCUUAUGGAAUGUUCAUACUAAUAAUGAUAAUAAUGAAGAUAUUGAUACUUUAGUGGUGACUCCUGGUCCUGGAUUGAGUGAGCUUCACAAGUGUCCAGCUGGAGGUCACCUGACUGACCGUUGUAAUGGCUAACGCUGCUCUCCCAUUUCUAUCGGGAGAAACUACCUUCCUUUUUCCUUUUUUUUUUUUUUUACAGAUAACGGUAGCUAAAUGGAACAAACUUUUGCACACCUGAUGUAACGUGAGAGAGAGAGAGAGAGAGAGAGAGAGAGAGAGCUUUGAUAGAGCGAGGUUAAGGGAACUAAAUUGUAAUUUGGGAAGUGUGUUUGCUGAAGGGCACUUAGGAAAGUGUACUAGCUGAACGGUACUUGCUGAAGUGUACUUGAUGAAGUGUACUUGAUGAAGGGUAAAUGUAAUCUAAUUUAUUUGAGGCCUCAGGUUAACAUGAUUGGUUCUUAGUUACUGAGAUUCUCUAUCUUCUUCUGGACCUUUCAGUUCAGCUCUGACCCUGAUGUUACUCAGAUAUGAAUGGUGAAACACUACAUUAUAAAUAUACUUCAUAUAUAUAUAUAUAUAUAUGUACUGUAGGUAUUAGAGAUAUAUUUUAAGGCCAUGCAAUGAUAUAUUUGUAUCGUGGCAAUGUCUCUCAUCCUCCAGUUAUAACAGGGUUAUUUCUCUGACUUACCCCUAACUGAAUAACACUGACAUGUCUUGAAAAUGUUAUGAUAUCAUUUAACCUGCUGAACAUGUUAUGACAUAUGUACAUAUAAUAUGUAUGUAUAUACAUAAUAAGUACAUACAUGUAAUACAUUAUAACUAAUCCCUAUUUGGAGACCAAUGGCCAGUGCAGAACGAGAUCUAGACAGAACUGAUAAAUGAUUGUUCUAUCUAAACCAAAGGUUGGCACUUAGACAAAGACACAGCUCUCUCUGUCUGUCUUUAACAUUGUGAUUUCAAAAAAAAAAAAAAAAAAUGUAUUUAUUAAUUUGAUUAUUUUGUUGCUGUUGUUUGUGUUGUGGAUGUUGGAGAAUGUAGCCAACUGUAGCGCAUGAGUCUGCUAUGCAAAUCAACCUUCCCUCCUGACCCUUGACCUCUGACCUGACAGAUAGGAAGCAGGAAGUGGACACGCCCACGAACGGACGCUUUAUUUACGAAUUUAAGUCAAGAAGAUACGUGAUUAAAUGCUGCUGUUGAACUCUGUACUAAGUCAUAGGCUCGAUCCCAAAUGGCACCCGUCUCCCUAUGUACUACACACUACUUUUGGCCAGAGCCCUACAUAGGGAAUAGGGUGUGAUUUCCGAUUCGCACCAUAUACAUACAUAGUACUGAAGAGGUUCACUAUGUAGUAAGAAGGGAUAAUGUAUACCAGGGGUAUUCAACUCUUACCCUACGAGGUCCGGAGCCUGCUGGUUUUCUGUUCUAACUGAUAAUGAAUUGCACACACCUGGUGUCCCAGGUCUAAAUCAGUCUCUGAUUAGAGGGGAACAAUGAAAAGAAACACAGUGGAACUGGCUUCUAGGUCCAGAGUUGAGUUUGAGGGCUGUAUACUAUGCUAGGAACAGUCAAUGGAAAUUCAAUGCAAAGAGAGAGUGGAAGAAAGAGCGCGAUGACGAAUGAAAGAGAGUACGUAGAGAGGAGAUAAAAUGAUGUACUGUGUGUGUGAAAUGGAGAUGAUGUGAGGAUGAAAGAGGGCUAGGAGUCGUUUUUAGAGAGCGAGUUGUAUGUGUUUGUGUGCAUGUAGGGUGUUUGUGUGUGUUGGUACUGGGUAUCAUUGCUUGGCGAACGAGGGAAAGAGGGAUCCUGUAUUUUUGCAAUAAAGUUAUUACCACUGCUCUCUUAAUGGGGCGUAACCACU